CACACUUCGGGUCAUAUGACCGACGUUACGCCGAGCAUUGGACGUGCUGUCGUAGGCGUUGACUGAACGAUUGCUCUUCACCGAGUCUCGUGAUCUCGAGUCCUCGCGAGCCCACCGAGCAUCUUUAAGGAAGAAAAUUGACCGGACGACAUCAUGGCUCUCAGCGACGCAGAUGUACAAAAGCAGAUCAAGCAUAUGAUGGCCUUCAUAGAACAAGAGGCCAAUGAAAAGGCAGAGGAAAUAGAUGCCAAGGCAGAAGAAGAAUUUAAUAUUGAGAAGGGACGCCUGGUGCAACAACAGCGUCUCAAGAUCAUGGAGUAUUAUGAGAAAAAAGAAAAACAAGUUGAACUGCAAAAAAAGAUACAAUCUUCAAACAUGCUUAACCAGGCACGAUUGAAGGCUUUAAAAGUGCGCGAAGAUCAUGUACGCAACGUUCUUGAAGAAGCUAGGAAGAGAUUAGGUGAAAUAAUUCAUAACCCUGCGCAGUAUAGAGAAAUUCUCCAACUGUUGAUAAUCCAAGGACUUUAUCAACUAACAGAAGCAAACGUUACUCUUCGUGUUCGUCAAGUCGAUCUGCCGCUCGUAGAAUCCCUUAUUGACAACGUUCAGCAGCAGUAUAAGCAGAAAACUAAGAAAGAUGUUGCCUUGAAGAUUGAUUCUGAUAAUUUCUUGCCCACAGAAAGCUGCGGAGGUGUGGAAUUAUUAGCAUCCAAAGGGCGCAUAAAGAUUAGCAAUACUUUGGAGACCAGAUUAGAGCUGAUAGCGCAACAAUUGAUACCCGAAAUCCGUUCCGCUCUGUUUGGACACAAUUCAAAUCGCAAAUUUAAUGAUUAAGUUAAUUUUCUCGACAAUUGAUUGACUCUCCAAAACAUUCCUUUUAACAGCAAAUUAUUAUCACAUUAUCAUGUAUUAUAUAGAAUAAAAUUAGCAUACGACACACUUUUUGUCGAGCUCAUGCCUAAUAUUUUCAAUGAAAGUAUUUGAUCAAUUGCCGUGCAAUAUUUAUCGUUGAAAGAAUCGUAAACAAAUUGUAUAGUACUCAUCACAAAUAUCCUUUUAUUUUAUCUCUAUCCUUCUGACAGACGGUAAUCAUGAAUAUAAAGUGUAUAGAGAUGAAAUAUACUUCGUGAUAUAUUCUAUAUCGAUUCAAAAUUUCCGUUAAAAUUGGUGUUCACAAACAAGACAAAGUGUACUUUCUCAGGAUAGGAAUGUUAACGCGGAUGAAAUGUAUAAUUAAUAAUUAAUGUUCUUGACUGCUUAUGUUAAAAAGAAUAGCAAUUGCAAUUGAAUGUAGUACAGU